UGUAGAAUACACAACUCCAUAAAAAUCCAUUUCUUCCCAACCAUCCAAUCUCAGAGUAAGAGUGAAGAACUCCUUUAAAACGAAUCUCAUUCCCAGUCAUCAAAAUUUAACAUAUUUUUCAAAAUGGUCUCUUUUCUCAUCUCAUUGUUGGACAUUAUCAAGCUUGUUAUUGCUUCCGUGACCUCCUUAGUCUUCUUAGCCUUUUCCGGUCUAACAUUCGCUGGUUUAGCCGUGGCAUUAUUUGUAUCCACACCGCUUUUCAUCAUAUUCAGCCCGAUUCUCGUACCCGCGACUAUAUCCACUACUCUCCUAGCCUCCGGGCUUGUGGCCGGUACCAGCCUCGGACUGACCGCCAUUGGACUCAUCAUGAGGCUCAUUAAGCCUGCGGGAAGAACUUCGUUGCUUUUUUCAUCCCCAACACCGUUGAAUUUGGUAAAAUAUUCAGGUCAAUUUGAGGGAUCGGUGUUAGGAAAAACAUAUACUGGAACAUUCGAUAACCAAUCGGGAGGUGGAAUUAAGUGGACUGUGACUUGGGGUAGUCGAACUUUUUCUGGAACAAUCCCAUUACCAGCGGCUGCUGCACCUGCGGCUGAAGCUGCACCUGCGGCUGAAGCUGCACCUGCGGCUGGAGCUGCACCUGCUGCUGGAGCUGCACCUGCGGCUGGAGCUGCACCGGCUGGAGCUGCACCUGCACCGGCUGGAGCUGCACCUGCGGCUGGAGCUGCACCACACGCGUGGUAAGGAACAUUGUUCGAGCUGUUCCAGCAUUCAUGUAGCAUACGUAAAUUAAUUGCGUGAAAAAUUAAUGAUUUGUGACUCAAAAACAAAAGAAAACAAGCCUACGUAAUGGUGAGUAAAAGUAAAAGACUUUUAUAAUAUAAAGUUUAUUGGAAAAACAAUGAGGCAACACUUAAUUGCA